AUCCCGAGACACUCAUGUGUAGAGUUUAACACAUGCUGGACAGGGUACCUGCUUGCUGGAGCCAAGGCUACAUGUUCCCUUAAUUCCAAGCCAUGAAUGAAUCCAGGUGGACUGAAUGGAGCAUCCUGAACAUGAGCAGUGGCAUUGUGAAUGUGUCUGAACGUCACUCCUGCCCACUUGGAUUUGGCUACUACAGUGCGGUGGAUGUGUGCAUCUUUGAGACCGUUGUUAUUGUCUUGCUGACAUUUCUAAUCAUUGCUGGGAAUUUAACGGUCAUCUUUGUCUUUCACUGUGCUCCACUCUUACACCAUUACACUACCAGCUAUUUUAUUCAGACAAUGGCAUAUGCUGAUCUUUUCGUUGGAGUUAGCUGCUUGGUUCCUACUCUCUCACUUCUUCACUACUCCACAGGUAUCCAUGAGUCAUUGACUUGCCAGGUUUUUGGAUAUAUCAUCUCGGUUCUAAAAAGCGUUUCUAUGGCAUGUCUUGCUUGCAUAAGCGUGGAUCGCUAUCUUGCAAUAACCAAGCCUCUUUCCUACAAUCAACUGGUCACUCCUUGUCGCCUGAGAAUUUGCAUUAUUUUAAUCUGGAUCUACUCUUGCCUCAUUUUCUUGCCUUCCUUUUUUGGCUGGGGGAAACCUGGGUACCAUGGUGACAUUUUUGAAUGGUGUGCCACCUCUUGGCUCACCAGUGCCUAUUUUACUGGCUUUAUUGUUUGUUUACUUUAUGCUCCUGCUGCCUUUGUGGUCUGCUUCACUUACUUCCACAUUUUCAAAAUUUGCCGUCAGCACACCAAAGAGAUAAAUGACCGGAGGGCCCGAUUUCCUAGCCAUGAGGUGGAUGCCUCUGGAGAGACCGGACACAGCCCUGACCGUCGCUACGCCAUGGUUUUGUUUCGGAUAACCAGUGUGUUUUACAUGCUGUGGCUCCCUUAUAUAAUUUACUUUCUUCUGGAAAGCUCCCGGGUCUUAGACAAUCCAACACUGUCCUUCCUAACAACCUGGCUUGCUAUAAGUAAUAGUUUUUGUAACUGUGUAAUAUACAGCCUUUCCAACAGUGUUUUCCGGCUAGGCCUCCGAAGACUGUCCAAGACGAUGUGCACAUCUUGUCUGUGUGUGAAGGAUCAGGAAGCACGAGACCCCAAACCUAGGAAACGGGCUAAUUCCUGCUCCAUUUGAAGAGAACUAUACAGUAAAUCCAGUGUAAUCUGACAGGGGUUUUGGAUUGUGUUCUUGAUUCUUCUAUAAUAUCUAAAUAAUUCUUCUGGAAGUUUGCCACUAGAGAAAUAUUUACUUGAAUAGUUGACUAUGAGAUGAAGGGACUAAAGAUUUCUUUUUUUUUUCCUUCUCUUUUUCCACAGUGGUGGGGGAGGGGGAGCUAGAGAAAAGAAUGUAUAGAGGGUAAUCUCAUGAGAUAACUUUAGUAUGUGAGUAUAAAUGUACAGUAAUAACAAAAUUAAGCCCUGAAGAUGAAAAAAUUAUUGAAAAAAGUAUCUCAGAGCUUCCACAGGACAUGAGCAAAGCCCCUCGGCAUCUCUGUCCUCUCUGACUGAGCUCUCUCCUCUGUCUUUGCCUCUCAUUCUGUCUGUCUGUCUCACUUUCUUUGUGUUUGUGGAAAUGACUUACAUAAAUUGCCCUUUAAAUGCUACAUAUAAUAUAUGUGGCAAAGUGCAAUUUUUUGCAUCAAAGUAUACUCUUAAAUGUACUAAUCUGCAACCCAUAAGUUGUCUCUCUAUGAAGGAUGCAUAGUAAGCAUUGUAUUUUAUUACCUGCCACAUAACCCUUUUGCUUGUGUUUUUAUAAUGUCCGCAGUGCAAAUUGUUUGCUAUAAACAAAAAGAAACAGUACUUUUGUUUCUCCUGGGUAAAAUUAUGUGUACCCAUCCCCACCCCCUUUCUAACAGCCUGCUAUUUUUUUCCUCCAUUGUUCUUGAUCUGCAUCCUUUGGUACCUUAAUCCAAAAGUGUCUUAGCUAAUGAAAGAAUCUACUAUAUAAAGCAAUCAUAAUCUUAAAUAAUCUGUUCCUUCCAACAAAGGUUCUUUGAGAUAUUGUGUUAAAUAUUUUUAACAGCUUUUGUAUACAUUUUUAUCUGGUUCCUUUCCAAUUAGCUCAUGUGCCCAAAGUAGUGUCUUUUUUGCUAUAAUAAAGCUUUGUUUUUCUUUAAGGAAAUCCACAAAUAAUUCUAAUGGAGAUUUCAGAGUAUUCACGCAGAAGUAAGGUAUUGCUCUUCAAACCACACAGCGUGUCCUCCCCGCAAUCCAGUAGACAAUAUUAACCUUUUUGUGUUAGGUCUACGAAGCUUAGUGUUGCGUCCACCAAUCAUUUGUGUGAUAUGCAUUUGCAUAUACUAUAUUUUUUACAACAAAGAAAAUGUAAAUUAUAUUAUGUGAUCUGUGCCUAAUGUUUUCUUAGCACAAUACAUAGAUCAAUGUUGCUUAACUCAUCAACAUUGGAAAAAAUAUACAAAAACUUUAAAGAGAAAAAUACUUUUGUGUAGUUGUUAUUAGAUAUUUAUAUUAGAUCAAGCUGCAUUCUUAGUACUGCUGAGAAUAUGAUAUACUUAAUUAUCAAAUACAGGUAAGAGCUGUCAGUAUUUCCUUUUGUAAUCUGUUUUCAUACGCAGAGAUUAAAUUAACUUAUUUUUUAGUGUGCUACAUGGAAUUGUAUAAUAAAUUGCCAGGGGUUUAGAUGUAGCAAAAUGGCAUUUGGGGGAAUCAGUCAGUAGUGAAGCAGGUGUGAGUGGUAAAACAUCUAAAUCUUACUUUUUUACUAUAAGUUUCCUGCCUGACAGAUAUUUUAAAGUUUAUAUCAGACUACUGAGUAUUUUUCUUCUCAGCAUUUUGAUUUAUUUGUUUUAUGAAAUGCAUUUAAUGAAAUGUGCCUAUGACUUCAAAUUGGAAGCCUAGUGUGUUUGCACACGAGUGGUUUGACUUCAGAGGUCCGUUAGUAGAAAUGUCAUCAUUUUAUUGAGGUUGUUUUGAACCUGUGUAUAUUUUUAAACAUGUAAGAAAGGUUUAAAAUAAAGAAUAAAAUAGUAUUCUACGUAUCAAAAUCAGACUUUGUUUCAGUUUCAUAAAAACACUCACUUAGAAUCAAAAUUUAAUUGUUUCACAUUUCUGUGGUUUGGGUUGUUUAUAUUAUUUCUUGCCCUGUGUUUGCCAGUGGCAUUUUGGAUAUUCAAAAUGAACCUUUUAAGUUCAGACCAGUUAAAGGAAAAACAGAUUUCAAGAAAGCAUAAUACUACUAACUUUUCAGCUGUCACAAAUAGAAUAUUCAACAUUAUAUGUAUUAUUUGGGAAUCAGAUUUUGAUUCCUUUAGUUUGGUGUGUAAAUAAAUAUAGCUCGAAAGGACUCAGUAGAUAUUCUGUAGAGAAAACUUGAGUCUGCAUUUAUUGCAUUUUCCUCUUCUGGCUUUUCCUCAUGAUAAUUAGUAACAACAAUUAUGUGUCAAGUUUUAAACACUAUGUUAAGUUUUUUUUUAAUUUUUAAAAAAUGUUUGUUUACUUUGAGAGAGAGACAGACAGAGCAUGAGCAGGGGAGAGGCAGAGAGAGAGAGAGAGAAACACAGAAUCCAAAGCAGGCUCCAGGCUCUGAGCUGUCAACGCAGAGCCCAACAUGGGGCUUGAACUCACAAACCUUGAGAUCAUGACCAGAGCUGAAGUCAGACACUCAACUGACUGAGCCACCCAGGCACCCCAACACUGUGUUAAGUUUUAUAUAUAUUUUAACUUUAAUCCUCACUACACCCCUUUCAGAUAGAUAAUGUUCUUAUUCUCAUCCUAGAGACAGGAAACUAAAGAAGGGUGAUGGACGCAAGGUCACUCAUUUCCUCCCCACAGGUUCAUUCAUAUUUAGCUGGGUUAGAGCCAAAGCCUACAUACUUAACCACUCUGCUUCACUGCUUUUCUGGGUUUUUGUUUUGUUUUGUUUUGUUUUUGUUUUCUUUCCUCAAAAGCCUUCACACCUUUGUACCUCUGUCUGUACCUUUUCCUUACAAAUUUCUCUGAGUUUUAUUCUUUUUCUUCACCUAAACAUUUUGCUGUAGUCCCUUCCAUACCUUGUGAUAUCUUUUUCCUUGAUCUUGCAAAUAUAUUUUAUUAAAACAGCAAUCUCGUAAGCCCAAGCUUGCUAGUUUAGUCUGUAAUCAAACUGAAACCCUGGGGCAUAGCAUUUCCUUGGCAUUGCCUUUAUUCAUUUUUGUUAAGUUUUUGUUGAAUAGUUUCUUCAGAUCUCUGUGAAUUUCCUGUUGAAGAAAAUAUUUUCAGGCAGGUGAGUGGAGAAGGUUUACCACAUUCUGAACAUGUUCUAUGUGCCAAGAGCCAUGCAGAGCACAUAGGCUACAUUAGCUUGUUUAGUCCUCAAAUCUAGCCCAACAGGAAGGUACAAGUCCCUGGGUUUUACUGAGGAGAAAACUGAGGACUUGGAACAUUCAGUGUCUUACCUAGGGAUAAACAGCCUCUGAAGGCCAGGAGUUCAGUCAAGGUUUCAUAUCCUGGAAAAGCAAGGGGAGCCUAUAAGGCAAGUUCUAGGUUUAGAUUUUUCAUUUAUUAUAAUGUUUCAUGUGCAACUCUCAGGCAAGCCUUGUAACUUCCUUUUGACAUAUUUUAAUGUGUGUUUAUAUAAUAAUAUAAUACUUAUUUUGAAACUACUCUGUCUUUUUAAAAUUAAUAUGUUUGAAGAAUGGAAAGCAUAACCAUUAUUCACAUCAUUAUAUUGUAUUCUGUGGUAAUUAUUCAAUUUGGUUAUAAGUGACAGCGAAACAAUAAUGCCAGAGUCUGUUACUAAGGGUUCGAUUGUCUGUGGAGCCGUUUCUGAAGUUACGUAGUAUUGGAAGUCUUUAUAACCUACUAGGGUAUGAAAUGUGGACUGAAAUCCUGGCCUUCAGAGGCUGUUUAUCCCUAG